AAUGUAGAAUAUAAUGAGGGUUUCAUCUCUUCAUCCUUGCCGGCCUACUAUAAGUCGAAGUGGUUAAGUCAACUUCACUGACUUCAACUUAUUGUUUGCUUACUGUUACCGCUGUUGGAUUCAAAGCUGAAACAUUUUACCCAUCAGUAGCAAGAUCCUAUAUACAAUCACAAUCAGUAGAUCAAGAUCAAGAUCAAUAUGAAAGAUUGAAAGCAUUCAAGUUUGUAGGUGCUUAUGUACAGCCCUUGCAGGCCGCUGCGAUGUCUGGCGCGCCGCUGACGCAGGCCUCCAGCCCGCCGCGGCCGCAGCCGGUGCCGCCCGGCCGGGUGCUGGUGUCGCUGCGCUGGCAGGGCUCCGAGCUGGCGGCCGUGCUGCGCGCCGGCACGCUGCGGCCCCUGUUCUCGGACCGGCUGGGAGUGGCCGACUUCCUCCCGGCGUCGGAUACGGCCGUGCUGCUGCUCACCGAGCGCGACCUGAUGAGCCCACAGCUCUGCCGCCGGCGGCUGGUGACACUGGCGCAGGCAAGCAUGCCGCACAAGGUGGCCGUGCUGGAGCGGACGCCGGUGACGGCGGCGCCCUGGUCCGAGCUGCAGCUGGAGGCGGCGCUCGAGCUGCGACUGGCCGCGCUGCCGGUCGGCUCGCUGGCCGAGCUGCCGCAGCUGCUGGCAGAGCUGGCGGCGGCGGCCGAGCGCGGCGCGCCGCAGCCGCUGGCGGGCCGGCCGGCCGACGAGCCGCCCGCGGCGCGCCGGGUGGCCGCCGCGCUCACUGCCGUGCCCGGACUGGGCGCCAAGAAGGCGGACGCGCUGCUGGCCCAGUUCGGCUCGCUAGCGGCGCUGAGCGCGGCGGCGGCCGAGCAGCUGGCGCCGCUGCUGGGCCCGGCCCUGGCGCAGACCGUGCACCAGUUCUUCAACGGCUGACAGUUGACUGGGACCAGAUCAGCUCUUCAACGGCUGACGACACGGCUAUUAGCAGAGAUCGUGCUCAGGUCCGUGCACCAGUUCUUCAAUGGCUGACGGCACGGCUGUCUGACCGGUGAACUGGAGCGGUGACCGACCGCGAACGGAGCGUUCACUCAGGCUGUGAAAUAGUGCUAAAUAAUUUAAUCGAGUCGGCGGUAUCUCGAUGAACUCUACUGUUUUCGCCUACGAUGCAUAAGAAUAGUACACACGUCUGUUCCCACGACGUAUAGCGCGGCAUGCGUUCAAUUGCUGUAAACGUAACUUGUGUCAGUGAGUGAUUAUGUUUUUAACCGUUCAAGUGAUGCCAUGUGAUAGGUUCUCGUAUCGUGCCAGUACCGACCAUGCGUUAGGUACCUACUUUACGCAUUUCUAUCCAAGUUUCUUACUUUGAGCGUAUCUCAGCACGCGGGUCCGCACCAUACGUAACAGCAUUCUUCGGAGAUGUAUUGAGCUCAAUGAAUGAAAUGCGAUGCAUAUCAA